UUUUAAAUUGUCAGAGUUAUGUUAUGAAAGUAACAUAACAUCGUCGUUCACAAGAUUCUCGGAUCAUUCAUUCUUCAACUCAGUUCGAUCAAGUUUUGUUACGCAAAGACAUAUUUUAAUGUUGUUAAAUUAAUUUUUAAAAACAUGUUAUACUACUUUUAAACAAUUAUCCUUAUUGGGAAUGUAGUCAAUUGUGAUAAACUAUCAAGAUUACAAGUGUUGUGAAUUUUGAGGUUAUAAUGAAGAUUGUUUUGUUCAUAUUUCUCUUUGUUAAAGAGAUUGUUUGUCAGGGUAAUUGGAAGUUUGUUGGCAAUCCGUUAAUUCAUGCAUAUCCUUGUAAAAAUGAUAAAGAAAUUAUUGUAUCAUUUGAGCCUGGUUUACCAGACGGCAGGAAUAAUGUAUACAGUGUGUUAAUUGAUAAAGAUAUACCAGCAUUUUCGGAAAUUGACAUUCUGACGGAUUCUGAUGCUGUUUUAAAAUUGGCAGACAAAGAUAAAGGCAGACUAAGUGCCUCUGGUCCAGAUAGUUUUAAUAUAAGAAUAACGAACAUGACUAAUUCAAUUUCGUUCGCAGUAAAGGGUCCACCUUCAGGCGGACUUCCAUAUUUUCAAAGUAUAAAACUUAACUCAGUGGAAUUAUGCGUUAAUCCAAGAAAGGGUUUCUUGAAAAAGUUCGUUAAGAGUACAGUAGAUGAUAGUAUUCCAAUUGACUUAGUCGGCGGUGGUGCUUGUGGUAGAAGGAAAAUAUUGCACACAGAAUUAAUUGUCGAAGGAGAGGCCACCAAAGCUGGUGACUGGCCGUGGCAUGUCGCCAUAUACAGACUUUAUAAAAGAGAAAUUAAAUACAUCUGUGGUGGAACUUUAUUAUCCAAGAACUUUGUAUUAACUGCUGCACAUUGUGCUUCUGUUAGAGGAGAGACAGUGAUACCUGAGACUUUGAAUGUAAUUCUUGGUAAACAUAACCUCGUGGGUGGUGAUGUGGCUGUUCAAGAGAAAGAAGUUUUCAGUGUAAUUUUACAUGAAAAUUUCAAAUAUCAAAUAUCUUUGGACAAUGAUAUUGCAUUAUUGAAGUUAAGGACUGAAGUAACAUUCACUGACUACGUUCAGCCUGCUUGCGUGUGGUCUCCGGAAUCGCAUGAGAGAUAUCCUACCAAAGAAAUUUUUGGCACGGUUGUAGGAUGGGGAUUUGAUCAAUCCAAUGAGCUCUCAACACAACUUAGGCAAGCUUCAAUGCCGAUAAUAAGAGAACAGAAAUGCUAUAAAAGUAACCCACUGUUCUAUUCAAAGGUUUUGAAUGAUAACAAAUUCUGCGCAGGCUGGGGAAAUGGUACAUCUGCUUGCAACGGUGACAGUGGUGGUGGAUUCUUUGUGUUCACGCCUGACGUACGUCAUGAUGAUGCACCAAACGCAUCAGGAGCGUGGUUCCUUAAGGGUAUAGUUUCGUUGACGGUGUCAAAGCGAAACGCAAGAAUAUGCGAUCCAACUCAAUACGUGGUCUUCACAGACGCUUCUAAAUACAAAGAUUGGAUAGAUAAAUAUGUUCAAUGAGUUUGGUUUUUAGUGAAAAUUUUUUUUUUUCAUUAUGUAAUUAUUUUCAGAAGUUUUUUAUAUGUCGUGUUAAUGUUUAGCUCGGGUCGAUGCGCCAGCGGAGUAAGUUAAUAUUUAGCAAUAUUUUUUUUUAAUAAAUUUAUUUCGUAAUAUUUUCUUAUCCCGUAUCCCGCCAUAUACAAAUGUGUUUUUCGUUUUUCGAUUUACAUAUGUACAUUUAUCCUAUGUUCUUACGGUGAAGGAAAAUAUCGUGAUGCUGCACAUAUCUGAGAAGAAAUUCAAAGAUAUGUGUGAAGUCAACCAACCCGCACUUGGCCAGCGUGGUUGACUAUGGCCUAAUCACCCUGAACUUAGGGUAGACUCCGAGCCCCUCGGUGGGGACGUAUAGUGAGCUGAUGAUGAUAUUUUCUUACCGAUUGUGAAUUGAUAAAUAAAAUAUGCAGUUAAUAAUUUUCCUAAAGUUUAUAAUGUACCUAGUGAGAUUAUAAAAUGACGAAUUUCAUACUUCGUCGGUGACAUACAAAAGUACUAUUUUUUUUAUAUUGUUUCUUACAAUAACACCAUAAUUCUUUUGUUUUCGAAAUACUAAAAAGAAAAAAGAGGA